UUCUCAAUAUAUGCAUGAUAGGCGUCGCAUCUUGUCGACCGGAAGCAUACACCGCAUUUACCGACGCCAGAAGCGACAGCGUCGCCAGAACCCAAUCAUCUGCAUAUGUCACGGAGUCCAACCGCAACUACACAACCGCCGCCGAUCCUUCCUCCGUUUAGCACGACAUCACCCAUAGUCAAGCAGCAACAACUUAGCCCGGUCCAGCCGUAUUUUGUUCCCCCAUAUAUCCAGAGUUCAGUAGAGCCUCAGUCUCCAGUCACGUCUCAAGCGCUCUUUGUACCAUUCCGCCCGCAGCUCCAUGUACAUGCAAGCCAACUACCGACACCCCCGGCAUAUUCGUCACCAACACACACGUCUGCUCAGCCAGGGCCGGACGUGAAAGUUGCGGUCUCCGAUAUUUCGCCUCUGCCACCAAUAUCAGCAUCACAGCCAAUGCCUCUGCCAAGAACCAACAUGCUCAAGGACCUAGCAGUCACAUUGAAUGAUGCCAAGUCAAGUUUGCCACAAGAGGUGACACUCACAUCGCUCGAGGACAUAGACAGGGCUUUUGAGCCUUAUGAGAAGAUGAUGCGGGACCUGCUGUCUAAGGCACGCAGUGGGCUAUUCGCACCAGUUGGCCUGGACCCUGCAAUUGUCACAUCUGUCAGUGACGACGACGACACCAGCGACGACAAUAUGGACAUCUCACAAUAAAUGGCGAGCACUAAUAUAUGCUCACUCUGUAUGCCCGUGCUUAUCGUAGUUUCCAGCCGCGAUCCGCACGGCUGCCAUCACGAAGCUCAUGACACCUCCUACGCACCAUACGCUUUCUGCCCGCUCAUAUUCAGCGGUGAUUAACCCUUCAUAUGUAUGUAUCCACGCUCAUUUUCUUGACCAUGCUAUCGACGUCUUUAUUCUCUCGAUGUCAAUUUUCGCUGCUUUCUUGUUGCAUAGCCCUUCGCAUGCAGGGUCCCUAGUAUUUCCAUAGACAGGCAUCUCCAAGAACAGGAAGCGUACUCAACAUAUCAUAAUCCAUGUUGUUUUUAUACUCAAAGUAAUCAAUAGUAAGCUCAUAAUGAGAAGUAUGAGGGGUCUGUUGCAGG